CAAAAUGGUAGCAUAAGAGGAAACCAUAGCCGAUCUUGCGGAUCCAUCCCCUCGGCCGCAGGCGCCGCCGUCCCCUGCGGCAACCCCCUCCCCGCUCCCCCGCCGCCCACCACCAUUCUACCCCGUGCCAUCCCCUGUGACAGCCUCCCUACCCAACCUGCCGUCUUCCGCCGGCCACCCACCACUCUCCUCCGCUGCCAUCCCCUGUGACAACCCCGACCCCCGGCCCUGCCGUCCGCCGCCGGCCACCGCCUCUGCAGCCUGGGUAAUUAUGCCUGGCUGCGUUCCGGGGGAACUAAUCUCCCGGGAGACGGAAGCGGGAGAAGAUUUGAUUUCCUUGUGCAAUCGGGGAAGAGAGGAGGUCGAUUUCGGAUUGCGCGGCGAGGGCAGCCCAAAAGGAUUGAUUUUUAUUCGGAGUCUGUCUGGUGAGAAGUUGUAAUCCGGAUCCUCCUCCCUCUCCUCUGAAUAAUCUCCUCCCUCUUGGAGGAGAGCCGGCCGAGUCGGAGGAGGAGGGGCCGCCUAUAUCGAUCUAAUAAAUUGGCGUCCCCGAUUUGUCUUUCACCGGCGAUUAGUCUGCUUUGUUGCGGCGGUCCAAGUAAACAGAGGAGUAGGAGUGAGGAUUAAUUUUGUUGUCGCAGAUCCAAUAAGGUAGAAAUCUUAAGGCCAUUUGUUGAUCCGAUCAGCCAUGAAGAACAAAAGUGGUGGUCACAGACGCAAUAAAUCAGCUCGCAAUGAAGCCGCUGCUGGCAACAAGAAUGGUCGUCGCAGGCGGAAUAAAUCAGCUCGCAAUGGAGCCGCUGCUGACAAUGGUGACAGGCUUAGCAAUCUGCCCAAUGACCUCCUGCUCAACAUUCUGGAGAGGGUGGACACACUUGAUGCUAUAAGGACCUGCAUCCUCUCCAAGCAAAUGCUGAAUCUCCCCACCAUGCUCUCGCAGUUCUUCUUAAGUGCUGGUUCCGUUCCAGGUCACCAUGAUAAAGCUUGUGUUUUCAGCCGCGGUGAAGUUCUCCGAACCAACAAUGCUGUGGCUCGUGUAACGGAUAGCAUCUUGUGCACAAGGAAUCCGAAGAUCGCCAUUACUAAACUUAAAAUCAGAUUCGUCUUGAUGCCACAUGUCUCUCUCACCAUUGGAAGAUCUGUUGCCCGUGCCAUGGCAACCCAGAAGGUUGGCGCAGCUGAGUUUGAGAUCAUAACGGAGAAGGCUUAUACGGACUGCUCUCCUGCCGAUCUUCUCCAAUUUGCGAAUCAGUUAAAUAAUUUUGUUGGUGCUUUCCCAGAUGCAUUUGCUGGACUCAGGCGCCUGUGGCUGCGCAAUAUGAGGUUUGGUGAACUGGACAUCACCAACAUUCUCAGCACUUGCAAACUCUUGGCAUCUUUGCGUUUAACCGAGUGCGACUCAGGGAUCGAUUCUGUGCUGCAAGUAGAACAUGCUCAGCUUGUUGAGCUUGAGGUAGACUACGGGGAAUUUUCAAGAGUUGAGCUGACAUGUCUACCAAAACUCCAACGAGUGAGGUAUAAUAAUUGGUACUCUUAUGAAGAUCCCCUGUAUUUUGGUUUUGUACCACAGCUUUCAAAGCUGAGCCUCACUAAAACUGGUGUCCGUUGGGAGAAGACUCUGGAGUUAAGUCAGCUCCUUGCUAAUGUUCCGAACAUAAGCAAUCUGCAUCUUGAUUUUGAAAGUGAAAAGAUCUGGGUUCUACCAGAAUGCCCGAAACUGCUCACGCCUGUGCUCGGCAAACUACAGCAUGUGAAUCUAGACAAUCUUCCUGAAGGAUGUGAUUUAGCUUGGACGAUGUUUAUUCUUGAAGCUGCACCCACCCUAGAAGAGCUGUGUGUCGCGGUAAGGGAUCAUUGGUGCAUAAUGCUGACAGACGAAGAAGCUCGGAAGAAAAAUGGUUACUGCGAAAAGGCAGACGUGAAUUGGAAGCCAUAUGCACCUGAUUUCAAGCACAAGAAUCUGGCUAAGCUCACCAUCUAUGGCUUCCAACCCAACGACAAUUUUAAGCGAUACAUCAGAUGUGUUGUGGAACAUGCGGUUAAUAUAACAGAGAUAUCUCUGUACGACAGGAAAGUGUGCGGGAGCUGUGGUGACUUGGAUCCCGAGAUCAAGGUAAAGGUUUGUCCAUCAAGAUAUCCACAGACAGCCGAGGAGAUGAAGCAGAUAACUGAGGGGUUGGGUUUGGCUUCGCGUGCUGUGAUUCACUUCCGGUCCUAAGUUAUUUGUAUAGGCAGUUUGUUCCAUAACCACCUUUCCUGUCAUGUUUUACUUGGAUUGAAUUCCUCCCUCCGUCCAUGAAUAAGUGUACAUCUACAUUUUGCCCCAAGUCAAAGAUUAGAAAUUUUUAUCAACUACGUAUUAGACGGAUGUACCGAUACCAAUUCAGUGUCAUAAAUGCUGCUACUUUUUUCUAUAA